AUGAGUACGGAGUACAAUAAGACGAUACUCAAUGACUUAUUGGAGCCGAUUAUCUCCUCGUACUUGUGUGCCGCCCACUCAGUGAAAGGACAAACCAUCAUAGCCUCUCGCGCGACGAGCAACCGAUCGCCCCGCCCUGCCUCGCGCAAUGACUUUCACGUCGCCGUUCUCUGCGCCCUCCCCUUAGAAGCUAACGCAGUCGAAGCUGUCUUCGACCAGCACUGGGAUGACGGCGGCCUAUCAUUUGACAAAACACCCGGCGAUCCUAAUUCGUACUCUAUAGGUGUUAUCGGCCGCCAUAAUGUCGUACUGGCGCACAUGCCGGGCAUAGGCGUAGCGAAUGCCGCGUCCGUUGCGAGCGCUUGCAAGACGAGUUACCCUAACAUCAGAUUAGGACUCGUCGUUGGAAUCUGUGGCAUCGUUCCCGGUAAUGGUAGCGAUGAGAGAGUGCUAGGCGAUAUCGUCAUUAGUGACGGCGUGGUGCAAUGGGCAUUUUAUGCGGAAGAACACCCUGCUGGAAAGCUUAGGAAGACCCCUAUCCGAAAUUCGAUCUAUACUCGCGAAAUUUCGUGCUACCUAAGCGACAUUCGAGCAACACCACAGCUAGGCGCCACUUACCCCGGCAAGGCACGUGACAGGCUAUUUGAGCCCGACUUUAAGCACAUAGAUGAACAUAAGACAUGUGGUGACCUUGGCUGCUCUGGUACUCCCGUGCCACGCAAGCGGCUCCUGCUAGAACCUGACGAGCCGGCCCCUAGCAUUCACUUUGGAUUGAUCGUAUCUGGGAGCACCGUGAUGAAGUCGGGAAGGGACCGGGAUAGGAUCGCAAAGGAAGAAAACGUGGUCGCAUUCGAGAUGGAGGGUGCGGGCGCAUGGGAUAGCUUCCCGUGCGUGGUGAUUAAAGGGGCAUGCGACUAUGCGGACAGUCACAAGAACAAGGUGUGGCAGCGGUAUGCUGCGGCAGCCGCGGCGGCGUGCAUGAAGGGCUUUCUCCAGGAGUGGGUGCCGAUUGAAAGUAUAACACAGAUACCCAAGGGUCCAUGGUUUGUUAUUCCGCACCCAAAGAACGAAAAUUUUGUGCCGAGAGUCUCUUAUCUAGAGACCCUUAUGUCACAGCUCGGCCUCGGUACGCAUGCGGAUAAGCUAGGAUCGAGAGUGGCUCUCUAUGGCUUGGGAGGUAUUGGAAAAACACAGAUUGCACUAUCCUACGUGCACUGGCUCCAGGAAAUAUGUCCUAGUACAUCCGUGUUCUGGGCCCAUGCAAGCAGUCCAGAGCGAUUUUUACAGAAAUGUAAGAUUGCCGGUUACGACGAUCCCCAAGCGGAGAUACUAUCCUUGGUGAAAUCCUGGCUUGAGCAGACGGAUCGGGGUCGUUGGCUUAUGGUGAUCGACAAUGCGGACGAUACCGAGCUCUUUGCCCCAUCACAAAAGGACGAACUCAUCCACAUGUCAGGUCCCGCUAUUGGCAGAGGGAAACUAGGUCGCUUCGUGCCCUCGUGCCGGCACGGCUCGAUCCUAAUUACGAGCCGGAAUAAGCAGACCGCCGUCCGGCUAGCGCCUGCGAAGCACCGGAUCCAGGUAGCGAAAAUAACGGAUGCGGAGGCUAUGCGGCUCAUCCGAUCCACUAUGGAGGAUGAUGAUAUCACAGUGGGGACCACAGAGCGACUCGCAUCCCGACUCGAACACUUACCUCUUGCACUCGUGCAAGCAACGGCCUUUAUGCAGGAGAACGGCACAUCUAUCGAGGAUUACUUACAAUUACUAGAUGAAAGCAACGAAGUCCUGGUCAACCGUUUGAGCGAGCUAUUUGAAGCCUUCGGAAGAGAUUCCGAGACGUUACAGAGUGGCUUAGAGGCUGUGACGAAGGCACUAGGUACUCUCAUUGCAUUCUCCUUUGUCUCAAAUAGAAAGAAUGACACGGUGGAUAUGCAUCGUCUAGUCCAGCUCGUAACUCGCAAGUGGCUCGCUACUAGGGGAGCAACGGACGACUUUACGGUAGCAGCUUUAAAGGUGGUGUCGAAUGCCUUUCCAUGGGGAAGAUUUGAAACCCGAGAUAUCUGCUUGCAGUACUUACCACAUGCUCAUGCUGUAUUAACAGCGCAUGGAAAGGACGUGGAGGCCGCCAAACUUCCCCGAGCAUCGCUUCUCUAUAAUAUAAGCGGUCUUUUCAUGCAUCAAGGUAGCUGGGAAAAUGCCGAAGCCUACUUAAGCCAAGCUGUAAGAAUACUGGCCCAAGCGCAAGGCGAAGAGCACCCGGAUACACUAACAAGCAUGGGCAACCUGGCAGCGACAUACAGGAACUAG